UCUAAGUGGUAAGUUGUUCCCAUUGUCACUGGGGUAUAAAGCCGGCAGAGCCAACUCGCCGGAAGGAGAGCUGGCACAACACAGAAGCAGCCUGUUGUUCAUCAUUGAGGAUCCGAGAGUCAGGAUCUAGACACCCCACCAUGGCCUGCUCGCACUGUAUCUGGAUUGCUCUAAUUCUUCUCUCGGUGAUGACAAGUAACACUGGAGUAUACGGUCGCGCAGUAGAUGCGCUGGGAUUUGCGUCGCCGUCGUCGAGAAGAGCAGAUGAAUCAACCGGGCCAACUUUACGCACGGAGGAGGCGCACCGGGACCGCUGCGCAGAGCUGGCGGCGCCUUGGCUGGAAAACAAACAAGCACCCGGGGAUAACGCGACUACUUUGCAAUUCCGUGGUCGACCCCUUUCCCCGGGAGCCUCGCAAGGCCUUGUGUUCCCCGGCAAAUCUCUUUUCAACUUUGUCCGACGGGUUUACCAAUGCUGUCACGGGGGACUAACCUGCAGACGCGUCAAAGGGAUUCAAGGUCGUUCGAGAGGAGAUAGAGAUGUGGAGUUUCUCCUCAACAGGGAGAUUCUGUCACUGACAGUAACGAGAGCCGAGCUUCACCUUCAACUUAACAACCCGCAGCACCUGGACAUCCACCCUGUGCUUCCAUCCAUGGCAAAGCGCAGCCUUCCAACCAGGUACAGUGUGUGGUCUGGGGGCAGCAGGCUGGAGCUCAGAGUGGAUCUGCUAUUUCUCUUCCAGAGUCUGCAGCAGGCGGCAGGUGGUGCCGGAGGAGGGGGUCCCAGUUUGGUGAACAUGCGGCGGGUGGCGUUUUCUUCCAGGGGGGAUCCACUUAGAGAAAACCCUGCUCCUCACACUCUGCAUGACGCCAACAGCCACGCGUGGGGGGAUGUGCUGGCCAGCGGGCUGCCUGCUCUGGAGCUGGUGCUGGGCUGCAGUCAGGCUGGAGCAGGGGUGUCCUGCGGGAGUGGCGGUGUUCAUCUCUCACACACACCUUUCAUGGCUCUGUACUACAGAUAAAGCCAUGUUGAGACUGGGACUGCAUGGAAACUGCUUUAUCUGUUACCUUUGAAAAGAGGGACAAGGAAAUAAUGCACUUCAACAAAAAAUCUAUUAAUUUAUAAAUGUUAUGUUUUGUAAAAUAUAUAUAUAAAUUUGUAAAUAGUGAAUAUGAUAUACCGGGAGUUUAUGCAGUCAUUCAUUGGUUAUUAAAACUCGAUUUAACAAUGGCUCUUGACAAAAGCGUGUGGCCGCCUCAGUGUGUGUACGUGCUUCGUCUACUUUGUUCAGCUGUGUUUGUCUUUAAAUAUUCGGCUCCCAGCA